GUAACGGAGCGGCCGGAGCUGUGUGGAGGAGCAGGAUGUUGGUGUUAGUAUUAGGGGACCUUCACAUCCCACACCGGUGCAGUGGUCUACCGGUGAAGUUCAAGAAGCUGCUGGUUCCGGGAAAGAUUCAGCACAUCUUGUGUACAGGAAACCUCUGCACCAAGGAGAGCUAUGACUACCUCAGGACUCUGGCUGGGGACAUCCAUGUUGUUAGGGGGGACUCUGAGAGCCUGAAUUAUCCUGAAGAGAAGGUUGUAACUGUCGGGCAGUUCAGAAUCGGGCUGAUUCACGGCCAUCAAGUUAUUCCCUGGGGCGAUGCAGCCAGCCUGGCACUGCUGCGGAGGCAGCUGGAUGUGGACAUUCUCAUCUCGGGACACACGCACAGAUUUGAAGCAUUUGAACAUGAAAACAAAUUCUACAUCAACCCGGGAUCGGCUACAGGAGCCUACAGUGCUUUGGAAAUGAACAUCAUCCCUUCGUUUGUGCUGAUGGACAUCCAGGCUUCCACAGUUGUGGCUUAUGUAUACCAACUAAUUGAGGGUGAUGUGAAAGUAGAAAGAAUUGACUUCAAGAAGUACUGAAUGAUGCUCAAACCUGCCCGUUGGCUUCUCCCCGCCUUGCAUUCCUUCUCUGUCCGGUGAAGUCGAAGGGGAGGCGGGCCACGGGGGGGUGCUGCUGCUGCGGCGUGCCGGGCUGUAGAGCAGCCGCAUCGCUCUAUUGCUCGUGAGCUUGUGAGAAAACGUUAGUCUUGGUUCCCAACGCGCAGGUGAAGCAGAAGAGACUGCUGAUUAAGAGGCCUGUGGAAAAUACCCUGUGUCUAAGGAGGAGCUGCUGUCUUCCUGGCCUAAGGGAGUCACAGCGGGUGGUGGUAGCUUGGCACCGAAGCUCUUCUGUAAGACAACGGACAUAGAAUAAUAAACUCCUUUCUUUGGG